AUGGCACCACCAACAGCUAUUGAAGAAGACAAUCGACAUACCAUACCAGGCUGCAAAACGAAGCUGAUGGAUCAUCAAAUAAAAGCCAUCAAGUUUAUCCAACGAAGCGAAUCAAAUCUUUUCUCAACACCACUAGAGAUAUGGGACAAUUUGGAUAAUCGGUGGGUCCACAGAGUCUUCGAAGAUGCUGUUCGGAAAGGUUAUCUUGGGAAACACAUCAAAUUUGAUGCUAAAGGAUGUAUUCUUGCGGACGAUAUGGGUCUGGGCAAGACGUUGACAACUUUAUUGGUCAUCCAACUCUCCAGUGAAGAAGCUUUGAAAUUCUCCCGUCAACAACCCGAUGUAACGAACUUGAUGCUAACCUCAGCAACAAUUAUUCUUGAUGAAGCACAUUACAUGAAGGAUCCAAAGACAAGUAGGAGCAGUGUAAUACUUGGAUUGGAAGCAGAACGACGAUUAUGCCUUACUGGGACCCCCUUGCAAAAUCAGCUUGGAGACCUCCAUAGCUUGAUGAAGUUCCUUAGAAUCGAACCUUGGAUGGAAAAUUCAAUUUGGAAGAAUUGUAUUGAAUCACCAGUUGAGAUGUGUGAUCCCCGGGGAAUUGCAACAUUACAAACAAUCAUGAACCAAAUCAGUAUGAGGAGAUUGAAAACUACAAUCUUGUCUCUCCCUCAGAAACUUGAAACAAUUAUCAACCUUGAACUGAAAACUCCGUGGAAUGAAAUAUACGAAAGAAAUCACCAAGCAUUUUCCAACCAAUUUGGGAAGAAUCGGACAUCAGGACAAGGUUGGAACUCCAGCAGUUUCUUUGCUGAGCUUGUGGAUUUAAGACAGCUGUGCAAUCACCCAGCAUUGAUGGAAAAAGGAGUCGGGACCGGAAAAUACUCGUGGGCCGAAAGCUCAAAGAUUGUCCACUUAAUGCAAGACCUCAAGUCAUUCCUGAGAAGCGGUGUUCAAUUUUGUGCGGUAAUUUUUUCAGAGUUCAAAAGGUUUCUAGAAAUAAAACGAUACUCGAAGGAGGAAUUUGGAACGCUUCAGGGAGGAUCCGCAGUGUAA